GCCGCCCCCUGGCUGCCGCGGCCGUUGCCUCCACCCAGUGUGUAAGAUGGCGGCGGCGCUGUCCGUCUCUCCCUCUCCCUGCGCUCCGGGUGCAUAAUUCUGCCUAGUGUUUAUCUUGUGUUACAUUCGGUGUGAAUGCCUGAGUAGGCAACUGAAUGGAGGCUUUCUGAUGGUUCGAAGUUUUGGGACUUUACAGAAGAUUGGGAUCUUAUAAAUUGGACAGCUAACCGACACACUUGCUGAAUUUUUUACCUCCUCAUCCUCUUUCUGACAGCAGAAAUAGUCCUAGUUCAGAGAGAGGGGAGGGGCUUCGAUUUGGAGAACGUCAAUGCUAUGGUGAACUGUUUCUUUAUUCCGAGAAAUCUUUUUUUGUUAUGUGUAGAACUGAUUCAACUCAGAGAUAAGGGCUAACACUCUGUGGGUAUUGGGAGUCAUCAGCCAUGGUAAAACUGGCAAAUCCGUUGUACACUGAGUGGAUUCUGGAGGCGAUCCAGAAAGUGAAAAAGCAGAAACAGAGACCCUCGGAGGAAAGGAUUUGCCAUGCUGUCGCCUCAUCCCACGGAUUAGACAGAAAAAUUGUCCUGGAACAACUGGAACUCAGCGUCAAAGAUGGGACAAUCUUAAAGGUUACAAAUAAGGGACUUAAUUCCUACAAGGAUCCAGACAAUCCGGGACGGAUUGUGCUCCCGAAACCUCGGAAUCAGUCCAAGUCAGAUGUUAAACACAGUGUCGAUUGGAAUAAACUGCUCAAAAGGGCGAUCGAAGGCUUGACGGAGCCCAACGGUUCAUCGUUGAAGAACAUAGAACGGUUUCUGCGGGCUCAGAAGGAUGUGAUAGCGGUUUUUGGAGCUGGUAGCUCCACCGCCCUCCACCAGCAGCUGAGACUUUUCCUGAAACGUGCCAUCAGCCACGGCAGAAUCGUCAAGGAUGGGCCCCUGUACCGGCUCGUGCGUGGCAAAACAGCCGGCGACGGCAAGCAGGUCCGCGAGUCGAUCUGCUGCCUGCCACCGGUUAGCAUGCUGAUUCACGAAAAGGAUAAGCCCCGUGCAGAACCAAUUCCAAUCUGUGGAUUUUGUCUGGGAACAAAGGAGCAGAAUCGAGAGAAGAAGCGCGAGGAACUCAUUUCCUGUGCAGACUGUGGUAAUAGCGGUCACCCGUCCUGUUUGAAGUUCUCUUCGGAACUAACGACUCGUGUGAAGGCCUUACGAUGGCAGUGUAUUGAAUGCAAGACAUGUAGCACCUGCCGGGACCAGGGGAAAAAUGCUGAUAACAUGUUGUUCUGUGACUCCUGUGAUCGAGGUUUCCACAUGGAGUGCUGCGACCCUCCUCUCACCAGGAUGCCCAAAGGUAUGUGGGUGUGUCAGAUAUGUCGGCCACGGAAAAAGGGAAGAAAACUGUUACACAAGAAAGCGGUACAGAUUAAACGGCGCUAUGCAACUGCAAUAGGGCACUCGAAAAAUAGAUUAAAGAAAACCACAGUAUCAAAAGGUUCUCAGUCAUUCGACAAAGAGAGACAAGGCCCUGGUCGAGGGCGUAAACGCAAAAUCCUGGCACUCAAUUCCUCGAAGUCGGGUCGUUUGGAUGGACUGGGUACUUUGAACUCACGAAUCAGCAAAUCAUCCCGCCUGAAAAUGAAUAAGAAAACCAAAGGGCUCAUUGACGGCCUUAGCAAAUUCUUCACCCCUUCCCCCGAUGGCCGCAAGCCUCGGGGUGAACUUCUGGACUUAGCUGAGCAAUACAGGCUCAAGAAAAAGGGGCCACGAAAAUCAAGCACUUCUGACAACGGCACAUGGCCCACAGACAAUCAGGACCCGUGGGGCUGCAAGCAUGAGAAUGAGGAUGACCAAUCGCUGAGCAAAGACAUUGUGACGGAGAAAGACUUGGACUUAUUUCAACAUGUUCAGGAAGUUGCACUGGAGAAAGUUGGAGUCACUGGCCCACCUGAUCCACAGGUCCGCUCACCUUCUGUUAUUGAAUUUGGGAAAUAUGAGAUCCAGACCUGGUAUUCCUCUCCGUAUCCCCAAGAAUAUACCAGGCUGCCGAAGUUAUACCUUUGUGAAUUCUGCCUCAAGUACAUGAAGAGCAAAAGUAUUUUGCAACAACACAUGAGGAAAUGCAAUUGGUUUCACCCACCAGCAAAUGAGAUUUACAGGAAAGACAACAUCUCUGUGUUUGAAGUGGAUGGGAACAUCAGCACCAUAUACUGUCAGAACCUUUGCCUACUGGCCAAGCUCUUCCUUGACCAUAAGACCUUGUAUUAUGAUGUGGAGCCCUUUCUCUUCUAUGUCCUGACUCAAAACGACAACAAGGGCUGUCAUCUCGUGGGCUACUUUUCUAAGGAGAAGCAUUGCCAGCAGAAAUACAACGUUUCCUGUAUUAUGAUUCUCCCCCAGUACCAGAGGAAGGGAUAUGGAAGGUUUCUCAUCGACUUCAGUUAUUUGCUGUCGAAACGAGAAGGCCAGGCUGGGUCGCCAGAGAAGCCACUGUCUGAUUUGGGCCGCCUCUCGUACAUGGCCUACUGGAAGAGCGUGAUCUUGGAGUGCCUUCACCAAUGUCAUGACAAGCAACUUAGCAUCAAGAAGCUGAGCAAACUAACGGGGAUCUGUCCCCAGGAUAUCACCACCAUUCUCCACCAUCUAAAGAUGUUACAGUUACGCAGUGACCGGUUUCUGGUCAUUCGGCGAGAGAAGCUGAUUCAAGAUCACAUGGCAAAGCUUAAAGCUAAUCCACGGCAGAUUGAAGUUGAUCCGGACAGUUUACGUUGGACUCCUUUAAUCUUUUCCAACACGGUAGUGUCCGAAGAAGAGGAGGAUGAGGAAGAGGACGAAGAGACUCCAGCAUUAAAGACUGAAGACACCAUUGAGUUGUGGGAUAAAAAGGAACUCAAUGGCUAUGUACCAAUCCAGAACGGCCGGCAAAUCACAUUGUGUGCAUCAAACGGCAAAACCCGGCAGGACAUCAUUGCCGAAGGUCUUCUGCCUAAUGGUGAUAGCAAGAGGAAGCAUUUCAGUGAAAGCAGUGAGGAGGAAGAGGAGGAGGAGGAGGAGGAGGAGGAGGAAGAUGGUGAGGAUGAAGAAGGUGACGAGGCAAGGCCAAGUUCUCCGCCUGUACUCACAAAACCAGCGCUGCGUGGAGUGAAGAGGAAGAGAGUGGUAAUUCACCGGAAGAAACGUGGGAGGAAACGCAAACAGCACAACAGCAGCGUUGUCACAGAGACCAUCUCAGAGACGACCGAGGUGCUGGAUGAACCAUUUGACGACUCCGACACCGAGCGGCCGAUGCCACACCUGGAACCCACGUUCGAACUGGAAGAGGAUGAGAGGAACGAGAAGGAGCAUCGAGGUGGCCGCAUCUUCAGGAGCUUGGAACCGGGUGGCGCCAUCCGAAAGCGCACUUUGUGCAAGAGAAAGGUGGCAGAGGAUGAGGUCAAUGCCAAUGAAGUUCAAGGAGAAAAUGCGCCUGAAUCCUUUGCCCCCAUGAGGAAAGAUAAAGUCAAGGAGUCCCCCGUACCCAAAUCCCCGCCCUUGGUGUUGAAGCGCAAGAGAGGGUGGCCGAAAGGCGUGAAGCGGGGGACCAUCAAGUGGAAGAAAAAGCCCGGGCGCAAGCCAGGCUUUAAGCUCGCCCGAUCGAUCGCGGUAGUGGAGAACGGACUUCCGCCGCCGGCAAAUGCUGUCCCGAAGCAAGGUCGUCCCAACCGCAGCGAGGAGAGGAGGAAUUCCGUCGUGGAGUCGAAGGUUGCGGACCUGCCCAUCGCGUACAAAAAGGAGGACGAGGAGGAAGAGGAGGAUGAGGAGGAGCUGGAGGAAGAGGUGCCGUGCGACGUGCAGAGAAUGCCGCCCGAAUCUCUCAGCCCCCCUCCGAAGGUUGAGGAGCAGGAGGCGGACAUUGAGACUGAGGAGAAGUCUGAAUCGGUGGAGCAAGAGGGGCAUACUGACGAGGAGCACGAGCAGGAAGAGGAGGAGGAGGAAGAACUCAACCAGAAUGAAGACCAUGAUGCUGACGAUGAAGACGAAGGGCAUCUGGACCCCGAUGACAAGAAGGUAGAGGAGACUGUAAAGGAGAAUGCAAAGGAGGAAUCUCCCAUCCAAGAGCGUUUUUUAGAGACGAGCGCCCUGGAUAAAAAUAUUGAGUGUGAAAAUGUGAUGGAUGCAGAUUCCGAAGAAGAUCAGGCAAACGACACAUCGCUGGACUCUGAGCUCGUGCCGCCUUCAGACGAAGACCGCGUCGACGAUCAGGACAGCAAGGAGACGCUGAUCCCGGAGUUCAAAGACGAGGAGGAAGAGGAGGAGGAGGAGGAGGAUGAGGAAGAGGAGGAAGAUAUCUCGCACAGCGAGCUUGAUCUCGAAACCGUGCAGGCCGUCCAGUCGCUGACCCAGGAGACGAACGGUGAGCAGGACGGGACGUACCAGGACUGUGCGGAGACCCUGGAAGCCUGCCAGAACUUGCAGAGCUACAACCAGGCUGAAGAGAGCCCGCAGAUAACCAUGGUGGAGGACUGCCAGCAGUCGGGCCACAACAGCCCCAUCUCCUCCGUUCAGUCGCACCCCAGCCAGUCGGUCCGUUCGGUCAGCAGCCCCAGUAUGCCGACCUUAGAGAGCAACUACACGCAGAUAAGUCCCGAGCAGGGUUCCCUGUCCGCCCCCUCCAUGCAGAACAUGGAGACCAGCCCCAUGAUGGACGUACCGUCUGUGUCCGACCACUCGCAGCAGGUCGUCGACAGCGGCUUCAGCGACCUGGGCAGCAUCGAGAGCACAACAGAAAACUACGAGAACCCCAGCAGCUACGAUUCCACCAUGGGCGGCAGCAUAUGUGGCAAUAACACAUCACAGACCAGCUGUUCGUACAGCGGCCUGUCUUCAUCCAGCAACCUGACGCAGAACAGUUGCGUGGUGACCCAGCAGAUGACCAGCAUGAACAGCAGCUGCAGCAUGAUGCAGCAGGGCGGCGUCACUGCCCCGGCUAACUGCAACAUGAAGUCGCCGCAGAGCUGUGCCAUCGAGAGGCCCCCGAGCAACAACCAGCAGCAACAGCAGCAGCAGCAGCAGCCGCCCCCGCAACAACAGCAGCAACAGCAACAGCAACAGCAGCAGCAACAACAACAGCAGCAACAACAGCAACAACAGCAGCAGCCGCAGCCGCAGCCACCACCGCAGCAGCCCCAGCAACAGCCACCGCAACAACAGCAGCAGCAGCAGCAGCAGCAGCAGCAGCAGCAGCAACCACUGUCCCAAUGCAGCAUGAGCAACAGCUUCACCACGGCCCCCAUGACUCUGAUGGAGAUCCCUGAGACGGCCAACGCUGCCGCUAUGAGCCUGUACGACAGAAUGGGCCAGGGGGACUUUGGAGCCGGUGGCUACCCCCAGCCUUCGGCCAACUUCAGCCUGGCCAGGCUUCAGCAGCUGACCAACACCAUCAUGGACCAUCAUGCCAUGCCUUACAGCCACUCAGCUGCUGUCACCUCCUAUGCAACCAGUGUGUCUCUGUCCAACUCGGGCCUGGCUCAGCUGGCCCCCUCGCCCCACUCGCUGGGGGGCACGGCCCAAGUGCAGGCCACCAUGACCCCGCCGCCCAACCUGGCGUCGCCCUCCAUGAACCUGUCCUCGCCCCUGCUGCAGUGCAACAUGGCCACCUCCAACCUCGGCAUCCCCCACACCCAGCGGCUGCAGGGCCAGAUGCCGGCCAAGGGCCACAUCUCCAACCGCUCCAAGUCGGCCCCGCUGCCGGCCGCCGCCGCCGCUGCCGCCGCCGCCACCCACCAGCAGCAGAUCUACGCCCGUAACACGCCGGCCCUGGCCCAGCGUGCCAUCACGGUCCAGCGGGGCAUGAACAUGGGCGUCAACCUGAUGCCCGCCCCCGCCUACAACGUCAACUCCAUGAACAUGAACCCGCUGAACCCCAUGGGCAGCUACCGCAUGAGCCAGCCGAUGAUGAACAGUGGCUACCACGGCAACGCGGCCUACAUGAACCAAACCGCCCAGUAUCCCAUGCAGAUGCAGAUGGGCAUGAUGGGCAGCCAACCCUACGGCCAGCAACACAUGCAGACCAACACCCACGGCAAUGUGAUGUACACUGGCCCAUCUCACCACAGCUAUAUGAACACAGGCAUGUCCAAGCAAUCACUAAAUAGCCCGUACAUGAGAAGAUGAGGGAAGCUUCUUGGAGGCAACAUUUAAAAAAAAGAUAAAGCCACUGUUUAUACUCUUUGACAACGGAAAUAAUGGAAAUUUCAAAUAGAACGGUUGCUGUAGACAUAGGAAUUUCAUGAACUGCUUAAGGCCAUGUUCGCAGCGCCUUGGCCUUAAUCUCCCAGCCCCGAGAGAGAGAAAAAAGAAGAAAAGAGAAAUUCUGCAACAGAAUUCAAUAAGAAGAAAAAAAAUGGUUUAAGGAACCAUGCACAAGAAAUCUUUUAAUUAAAAGAAGCCUUACUUAAUGAAUUGUAGAAAUGAAAAACUAUCUGCUUUUUAUAUUUUUAAUUUUUUUAAUCUUUCAGUUUGUGUGUGCAGUCCACAUUUUUAUAGAGUCCAUAGAUAUGUGAGCCCCUGAGGGAGGACUGUCCAGGUCUCCGUUUAUUGACUUGGCACAGGGCAGGAGGCACUUAUCCCAUACUCUGCCUUGGUGAUAUUGUUGCAGGUGUGGCUGUAAUUUAUUGAUCUCUCUGUAUCCCACCCCCAAACCUCCCCCCUCCCCCCAUGCCAGUAGGUGAAACCAGAUCGCUUGUGGACUUCCAACCUUGAUGCUGAGGGCACCCUCCCCCCCCCCCCCCCCCCCCCCCCCCUCUCCUCCGUUGGUAUUGAGUUUGACUCGAGCGCAGCAUGCAACAGGCCCAAGAGCAUUUUCACGUAUGUUAUAACUAUGUUUUUAACAUUGCUUCUUGUGUCACUGCAAGCCAUUUCACUCGUACGCCUUUAUUUUUUUAUGAGAAUUGACAGUAUUUGUUCUAGCACUUUCGAAGGGCAGCCCAGGGUCCUGAAACAUUUGAGGCUUAAAAAACGUUUAAUUUCCACUUUAUGUUUUCUUAAGUAAAAUUCUCAAUCAUGAGAAAGAAACCUAUUCAGAUUUAUCAGACUAUGUAUUUUUGGUUCCAGUAUUUAUCAGAUGCAAAACUCUGCAAUGUUUGCAACCAAGUUAAUUUCUUUUCCCCCUCACCUGCCCGACCCUUCCCGUAAUCACACAAGGUUUAUUGCUUCCAAAUCCAGUCUCAAUUAGCUCACUAAGUGGCAAGAUUAGCUCAGGAGUCGCGUAGUUAAGGAGAGGAGUAUCUUGACUCUUGUUUGCUACCAUCUGACACUGUCAAUGGUCUUUAGUUAUCAGAGUUCAGCAAUCCACUGGUAUCUUCCAGGUGGAGACAAGGGAGAUGUGUUGUAAAAAGAGGAAUUGGUGGUGAAUGUACAUCGACAGGACAGUGUGAGGGGGGUACGUUAAGAAGAUGCUCGUUGGCAUCCCAAAUCCCCAGAGCUGUGGGUACCGAAAGGAGACAUAAUCAUCUUGAAUGUGAGACCAGGUAGAGGCCAGUGGUGAUAAAUGGUACUGAACUCUCAAAGAGAGGUUUACAGCCAGGAUGUCGUCAGCCUGUUCUGAAGCCCACCACCAAGGUCAUGUGAUAGGGGAGUGGGGCGGAGGGGGUUAGGAAAUGUUGCUGGAUUGUAGCUGGCAGCUAACCCCAGCCCAGAGAUGUGUAUCAUCGGUGCAGGUCCACACCACACAGCCCGUUCACCAGUCGCAUCCUUCUCUUUUCCCCACCGUCCGAUUAAUCUCAUGCUUUCUCAAGAAAUAAAAAAGGAUGUGAUGUGAAGUCUUCCCACAGCGGCUGGGCGAGAGUUUUGAAAAACAUGCAUGUUCGGCACACGCCUACGUGUAUGCCCUGUAUCCCGUGUCGCACCUGAUGGUUUAUUUUUUAUUCGUAGUGAAUCCCAUUAUUGGAAUUGCAUCCAUCAAACAAAAAACCAACAACAAAAAAAAACCACUCCACACUUCUGGGCUGGCCUUCAAGUGUGAUUGAUGGAAUACUGUUGAUUUGGGGUGGGGUGGGGUGGGAGGGAGAAGGGAAGAUGUUUUUAAAAAAGAAAAGGAAAAAAAAACAAACCAGUUUUAGCCCAGAACACCAAAUAUAUUACAGAUUGACAAAGAAGAUUUUUCUUUUCUCCUUCUUAUUGUUUCUGGUGUUCUUGGUUUGCUGGAUCAGGCAGCUUCCUUUUUUGAAAGCUAAACUGGCUCAUUUUGACUUUAGGAUUAUUAUAGAAAAUGUUUUUCUAUAUUAAAAAUGAAUUUAUCCUACAUAAUAUUGGUACUUGUCAUUUUUCAAUUCUGUUAAGAGGUAUUUUUAGCAGCUAAACUUGGGUAAUCUUAACUGAAUCUGUUAGUGAUUCUCAGAUGCCUUUUAAAGAACUCACAUUUCAUUCCAUCUCUAGAGUUUUUCUAUCUUUGUUGUAGAAUAUUGAAGCUAUUUUAAAAAAAAUAAAUUCUCCAGACUUAUAGUGUGUGUGAAUAGACCUCCUCCAGACUCCAAGCCGCAUGUAAAAAGCUGAAUAUUCAUGUCUGUUUAUAUUGCUUUCCUUUUUGUAGCCUUUGUAUAUGUACAUGGUGACUGUAAGCUACGAGGAGGGAUUAACAUGGUCUGUGCACACAGUUGCCAGCACAGGCCACACUCCCUCUUCAUCUCCCUUGUAUGUAAUAUCAUUUUUCUUUCUAGCAACUACUUUCAAAGACCUCUGUACAUUUUAACAUAAAUAAAUUAUGUUGAGCCAUU